GUCAAUAAUAUAUUAUCAUUAUCUCCGAGUUCUCCACAAAGCUUGUCCCGCAUGUCCAUUUCCCCGGAGUAGGCUGAGAGGCGUUUCUUCCCCCGCAUAAUCGACGUAAUAUGUCGUUCGACGGCGUUGUCAUAAGUUAUUAUGCGGGAGGUGAGAGAAUUUCGACCCAAGGACUGUACUUAAAGCAGCUCGAGACGGAAUUGAAUGGUUAUUUUGGGGCUAGAAGAUUUUCAAAGGAAAUUCUCUCCUUCUCCCCAAAGCCUGACUUUGUUUCCGAAUCACAAUGAGGUUAUUGCAUACCCUCACACAGGCAGCGUGUCUUCUGUCUCUGGGUUUUAUGGCUGAUGCUAUAUCCCCCUCAAGGGAUAAUGCGUGCCAUCCAUUACAGCCGUUCAAGUCUCUCCCUCAGAGCCAGACCAGGUCAAAAACCUGCCAUGUUGAGAGUAAUGGAGAUGGCAGUGACGACGCAUCGCAUGUCUUAUCUGCUCUAAAAGAGUGCAACAAUGGUGGUAAAGUGGUGUUUGACGAGGACAAGGAAUACACCAUAGGAACAGCCUUGGACAUGACAUUCCUAAAGCAUAUCGAUCUAGAAAUUCUAGGGAAAAUCCAAUUCACCAACGACACCGAUUACUGGCAAAAGAACGCCUUCCAACAGAAUUUCCAAAACGCAACAACCUUCUUCCAACUCGGUGGCGAGGACGUUAACCUCUACGGUGGUGGCAUACUGGACGGCAACGGCCAGGUGUGGUACGAUCUCUACGCAGAAGAUGCUCUCAUUCUUCGCCCGAUCUUGGUUGGAAUCAUUGGUUUGAAUGGAGGAACAAUCGGGCCUUUGAAGCUUCGCUAUUCGCCUCAGUGGUAUCAGCUCGUGGUCAACUCUUCGGAUGUUCUGUUCGAUGGUAUCGAUAUCACGGGGUAUAGCAGUAGUGAUAACGAAGCGAAGAAUACCGAUGGAUGGGACACAUAUCGUUCCGAUAAUAUCGUCAUUCAGAAUUCAGUCAUUAACAACGGCGACGACUGCGUUUCAUUCAAACCAAACAGCACCAAUAUCCUCGUCCAGAACCUCCACUGCAACGGCUCCCAUGGUAUCUCCGUCGGCUCAUUAGGCCAAUACGAAGGCGAAGUCGACAUCGUACAAAAUGUUCUCGUGUACAACAUCUCUAUGUUUAACGCUUCCGACGGCGCACGUAUCAAAGUAUGGCCAGGAGCAUCAGCUGCCCUCUCUGAAGAUCUCCAGGGAGGCGGCGGUUCCGGAAGCGUGAAGAAUAUCACCUACGACAAGAUGUACAUUGACAAUGUCGACUAUGCCAUCGAGGUUACCCAGUGCUACGGACAGUCGAACCUGACCCUGUGCAACCAAAACCCGAGCAACUUGACAAUUUCAGACAUACAUUUCAAGAAUUUCCAAGGGACAACUUCUGGGAAGCAUGACCCGAAUGUGGGUACGAUUGUGUGUUCGAGUCCUGAUGUAUGCUCGGAUAUCUACGCUAGCAACAUCGACGUUACUAGUCCUAGUGGAACGGAUGCUUUUGUCUGUACAAAUGUCGAUGAAACCCAUUUAGAUGUUGACUGUACAUCAUCUAAUUAGGAGGUUGAAGGAUAGAUGUCGAUAUGCUUUAUAUAUUUCUAUAGCAUCUACCGUCAACGAUGGAAUUAUGAUGCAAAUCAAAGCUUCGGUAUAUAUAUAUUGAUCUCCAGAAAUGACACAAAUGCACCUGAAUAAUUUACAUCCUCUCCCAACAUCCCGCAACUCACAAUCGAUCAGCAAUCCUAUGUCGAUGGACCCAGCUUCGAGCUCGCUUUCCAUAUAUGUACCUAGGAAUAGUAAAAAGCGUAGCCGCAACAGUAAGCCCCCCAAUGGUAAAGAAGCA